AAAGACGAAAAGAGAGAGAGAGAGUGAGAGAGAAAGAAGGAACACUAAACAAGAGCGUGCUCUCGUGCGCUGCUUGCAUGGCGAUGUUCGGUUUCCCUUGUGUGCAGCUAGGCUGAGAGCCUGCUCGUUUGUAGGUCUUAUUUUCAGUGAUGAUCAUUCUGUGCAGGGAUGUCUUGAUUGCCGUGUGUCGCAGGUAACGUGCCUGAAACUCAUGUUCAGCAUGGAACAGGAGUUUCAAGAAAUAGAUUCUAAGAACUCUUGGAAUUCAGUCUACCAGAAGAUCAGGCACAAGUCCAACAACUAUGACUACACGUGUAAAGAUGCAAGACGAAUGGAUAACAAGAGCUUAAAUCGGUACCGAGACGUAAAUCCAUAUGACCACAGCAGAGUCAUCUUAAAACGAGGGGACAAGGAUUAUAUUAAUGCCAGCCUGGUUAAAGUGAAGGCGGCUAAUCGCACCUACAUUUUAACUCAGGGACCUUUACCGACAACUACUAGCCAUUUUUGGCUCAUGGUCUGGGAGCAGCAGACCAAGGCCAUUUUAAUGCUUAAUCGUAUCAUCGAGAAAAACACUGUAAAGUGCCAUCAGUACUGGCCAAUGAGCCAGGAUGAAGAGCUUGUUCUCACUGGUGUAGGACUCAAAGUGGCCUUUCUUGGGGAAAAGCCAGCCACCAACUACACUGUCCGAGAACUCAUGCUUACUGACCUUGAGAGUGGGCAGAAGCGUGUGGUACUGCACCUACACUAUACGACCUGGCCUGAUUUUGGGGUGCCCGAGUCUCCAGCAGCGUUCUUGGCCUUUCUGCAAGCUGUGCGAGAGUCUGGCGCAUUGGAUGUUGAUGUAGGGCCACCUGUGGUGCACUGCAGUGCAGGCAUUGGCCGCUCAGGGACCUUUUGCCUAGUGGACUCUUGUCUUGUACUGAUUGAAGCCAAUGGGGGCCGCCUUGACCGGGUGGACGUGCAGGAAGUGCUGCUGGAGAUGCGCAAGUACCGCAUGGGUCUGAUCCAGACACCAGACCAGCUGCGCUUCUCCUACCUGGCCAUCCUGGAGGGCGCUCGGGCCUUGUCCUGCUGCCAGCAGAAGGAUGCCCACCCCACAGCUGAUGAGCGGGUGCUAAGUCGAAGCCCUGAGCGCAAUGGGAUAACUGAGGAGAGCUCAGAAUCUGAAGCAACCGACUCUUCAGAUGACGAGGAUGACGGUGAUGAUGAGGACACUAUGGGUGGUGGGAAAGAUGCCAGUGAGAAUGGUGAAGGCAGCAGCCGGCUCCCUAUGGGAGCUGGCGACUCUCCACCGCCGCUGCCACCUCGGCUCAAACGUUCCUCUGAGGAGAAUUCCAACAGUUCGAGUGAAGCCAAGGAUCUUCUAGCAGGUGAACCGGGUGCAAAGGAGACAUCUCCAAGGAAAAGGUUACGGAUCGCACCUCACCGUCUGUCGGAGAAGGACUUACCAUGAGGUCUUGCAACAACAGAAAGCAGAGCAAGUUGGUGAAGAAUCAAAGUUUGAAAAGCAGGCGUAGGAAACACCGACAAGGGAAGGGACAACACAAACGGGGACUGUCAACAUAAAGGUCGUAGAAUGGCGGAUCAAUGUAUGCCACUCCGAGGAAUUCAUACAUCAAAAUGGUGAAGCUCUAAAUGCGAGUUACCCGCUCUUCAGAAGUCCUAUAGAAAUCUGUUUUGCCGAUGCCCGAGGUCUACCAAAGACUUUGCAAACGGUUAACUAUAUGCGGCGCGAUAUUCCUUCGCUGUAUACCUGAGCCUUUUCAAAUGCUUGUACUACAUCCAAGCUCACAGUACUUCUAUAUCCUGUGUUAUAUCCGACACGUUACUGCAUAACAUGCAUACUGUACCCGCUCUACCGACGGCCGCGUCUGGCUGCUCGUUCCGACGGCUUGGUUGGGCUACGUUGCUAACAUUUAAGGCAAAUAGUUUUCUUAGGCUAUCGCCCGUUUUCGUGGUCAGUGGCUGGCGGUCGGUGGUCGGUUAUUAGCGGUUAGACACUUCACCGCCGACUCAAGGAGCACGUGCUCUCGCGCAACCAUGUUGUGGGGCGCAUCCGUUGCCAACAGUAGAUAGAUUAAAAUGCCUUCGAUGCGAGCGUAGUUCUCACGAACUUUAGAGUUCUAUAUGUGGCGUUCGCAACGGUAAAAUACCUAUUUUGUAAAGUUUCGUUAAACAACCAGGACUAUUCCAGAGGUCAUGAAGAUUGACAAUGCGUGACAUUGCGAAGGUGGACCUUGGCUCCGUUGGAGACAUGCCUUCGUAACAUCGUUGUAGCGAAUAGCUGGGCUUCUCAGCACGCUUUGCGGCGUCACACGGUUUAGAUAGCUGUGGUGGAGGGCUCGGAAAGGAUUGCCCUCCUCUUCUCCUGCCGCCCUCUCCCCGGUGUGGCGGCUGCAGUAGAGGGCUCCAGCACCGCAACAGACUAGCUGAUUAUUGCUUCUGUUCUCUAUACGGAAUUACGAAGUGAAACAAAUGCUACCUAAAUGCCCUCACUGAAAUAUACGCCUUCAAGCGUAUCAUGAUUUUAUGCGAAGCAUAUUACUACAGCUCAACCCAGCUCCUCAGGCGCGGCGGUGUCGCCUUCAAUACCGCGUGACAGAGGAGAAACGGGGCUCCAACUCGCGCCGUCGCCUUCAAGGCUGACCACGUGACACCGUGACGUCACGACAGAGGAGAAACGGGGCUCCAACUCGCGCCGUCGCUCGCGGCGUCGCGGCGGUAUAUAAGCAGCUGCGCUUGCCUCUGCUAGACACUCACGAGGUGAGAUGCUUCCUGGAGAUAGAGCUGCUCGUUGGAAUGAGAAGCGAAGGUUGCGGCGUGCUACAGAGACUGUUUCUAGGUGGCUUUGCUACGGCGCAGCGACUACGCGCCCCGCAUCGGACGCGGUGAGCGUCGAGCAACGCAGCGUUCGGCGCGACAACGAAAUGUGCGCCUGAGCAAGCGCCGCACGCCUGAGCCGACGACACCGGCUUUUCUGCGACACGAGCUCCCUAACGCUGUCGCGUUAAAAUAAAGGCUAGUAUGCUUCGCAUCCUGGGCUUGACCUUAGCUAAGCCACAGCCAGUUUUUUAUAAAGUGAUUAGCUUUCUAAAAGCGUUCGGCUGUUCUCUUACUUGACUGUCCUCGUCGAUGGUUUCUGCUUAAUUUUAACGCGAUAUGUUUAAAAGCCUCGUGUCGCAGAGAAUCCGGUGCCGGCGUCGGCGGCGGUGGCGAUGUGCGUAUGAGAAAAGUCAUCUCGAACCACGCAUCCCGAUCCACGCAGGCCCGCCCGCGUGGCGCAGUGGCGUUACUGAACUAAUUGAAUUUCUCGAAGUAAAAUGCGUCAGAAAAUUCGUAAAGUACGACUUACACACAACCUACAGAAAUCAUAGCCUCUGAUUGUAACUUACGAGGAAAUAAUUUUGUUACGCGGAAUUUCAAACACCAGUUCCUUUUCCAGCUGUCGUUUGAGGUCUGUCUAAUGGGAGCUGCGCCCCCCGUUCGGUUCUUAGCAACACCAUCCAGAUGGGGUUGCGAUGGUGUUACAAGGAAAAAAAAAAGAUCCAGAAAGCUCGCAUUCGUGCAUAUCGUUCGCCGCCAGCGUUUCCAGCAAAACGUUACGGUUACAUAAGCUGCAGUUGCCGGGAAGCGUGAGAAGCAGUCAGGGAUCUUUGAUUGCUAUCGCUUUUAAGCGUCCUCUAAUUUUAUUUCUUUGUGAUAACUCAUCACCGACGCCGGCGUCCGCGACUUUACAAUUGCUGGUAAGUACAGAGGGGCAUGACACUUGCGGAGGCGCCGGACGUGUGCGCGCAUACGCGAGUAAGAGCGGGUGCGAGAGGAAAUGUGGGGGCAUUUGCUCUUUGUAUGUAUGACUCUGCCUAGGCACUUCGGGGGAGAAUCUUAGCGCCUGUUCUGUGCGUUUGUCCCUAGGCGUUCCGGCAUUGCGGAAUGGGGUCGAGUUUGUUUACGCUCCCACGCUGGCUUCCGGCGCGGUGAAAGAGGUGAUAACAGAGGCCUUUAGCGGGUCCGGUAUCCGGACAAGCGCGGGCGGUUUUCCGAUUUAGCGGGGGCGUCAAGGUGAGCGGCCCGAUCGGUGGCGCCAGCUGGUGGCGCAAAGCUCAACCACACAAACACAGAGCUAAUUACUGUAUUCUGCUUAGCUGCUGGCGUAAAUUUUCGACAGUGGCGUAAUCGUGUUCACAAUUACGCCGCUGCCAAAAAUUUGCACGAGUGGCGAAGCAGGAUAUGGUGAGUUACUGCAGUUUUAGCUAUGCGUUUGUCUGGUUGGGCUCUACAACACCAGGCGGCUACACCGCUCACGUUUACGCCCCGACCAUCCGGUAAUCCGCCCAAACCACUCCCGUUUACCGGAAUAGCGUACAAGCUAAACGUCUCUAACAUCGCAGAUGUUUCCGUGGGAAUAGUAGGGACCGUGAAAGAGGCCGGUCCGCAUAUAUUGAGAAUCUAAAAGGCAGAGCGCCUUGGCAACCACGGUUGAACGCGAGUGGCUCAAAGGGCGCCGGUGAUGCUUCACGCCCCUGCCACCGCUAUGAGAAUACGCAGCGCCCCUCUAACACGUUUUACGCUAACCUAACGUUAACCUAACCUAAUGAGGCCGAGACAAAAAGGCAAUAAUGCUCACGGCAUAACUGUUGUGAGAAUACGCCGCCCCAGCCUGACGGCUUUUACGGUAACCUAGCGUAACGUAAGGUUAACAUAACCUAACCCAACCUAAGGUUAACCUAGCCUAACGGAACGUAACGUGGCCUGACGCAAAGACAAUAAUCCGCACGGCGUAACUGCUGUGAGAAUACGUCGCGCCACCCGAACGCCUUUUACGUUAACCUAACGUAACCUAAGCUAACGUAAACCUAACCUAAACCUAAGCUAACCUAGCCUAACGUGGACGAGACGCAAAACCAAUAAUCCUCAAGGCGCGACAUCAGGCGGUCGUGUCCAAGCGUGGUUGCUAAGACGCUAUGCGUUCAUUUCACUCAAAGGGGAUCACUCAAAAAUGCUCCUGAAAAGCCCUGGAGAGCAGGCCAGGCCUCUACUACGGGCCCUAUUGCUCCCCCCGGAAAAUCAGUGUUUUAACGCCAUAGCGUUAAGGAGCUCGUGUCGCAGAAAAGCCGGUGUCGUCGGCGUCGGCGUCCGCGGCGUUGACCGUGAGCGAUAAAUCACGGCAGGCACUUCAUAAAUAAAAAGCAACUUCCAAGAUGGGCUGGGUGGGAAUCGAACCAGGGUCUCCGGAGUGUGAGACGGAGACGCUACCACUCGGCCACGAGUUCGAUGCUUCGAAGCGGUACAAACGCGCCUCUAGUGAAUGCGGUGUUGCCUUCGAAACGAGCCGUGGAAAGUUAUACUGCAGUGUAUAUCGGUAAUUAUGAACAUGUAACUUACAGAAGUCGCAAUUACACGAGUAGCGAAGUGCGUUUCCGCUGCAUUUCUUCUGCGCUUUCCGCACACGCCGAGCCAUCUUGCGGCAAACACAGAAGACCCCCUCCUCUCCAUGUAGGGCGCUGCCUCGACAGAUGGCGCGCCACGCGCGCAUUGGAGCUGUGGAAGGACCGGUGCGAGGGGGGUCGUUGCCCGGACUCUCUCACCCCUGACAACGCUUCGCCUUGCUCCCUCAGCAGAAUCAAGCGUCCUUCCUUUCUUUAGAUCACUAUCUGUCUAUCUCUCUGCCCGUGCCGAUCACGACGUUUGGCUGGCGUGCAUCAUUUCCCCCUCCGAAAUACCGAGUUCUUUGGUUCGUUCCGCUUGCUCAGGUGCACGUUUCGUUGCUGCGCCGAACGCCGCGUUGCUCGACCAUAUGGCUCGACGCUCACCGCGUCCGAUGCGGGGCGCCUCGUAAGUGAUGGCUGCCCUGUAGCCCAUUGUCUUACACCCCUUGGCGGGUCGACGGGAACGCUGUCGCGUUCCACUCUUGAAUGCGAAGCUUAAGCGUCCUCCAAUUUUUGUUUUCGUUUUUUGACGUUGAAAUGCCAUAAGGCGCGACAAAGUUAUAAUCUGGCAUGACUGACUCAGCACCAGCACCGCACGCGCGAGAAAGUCUGUCCAACCCACCUUUAGACACGGCGAUGGUCAAAUGGGGCGUCAGUGCGCGCUGGUUUACCUGUUUCACGGCGCAGGCAGCCGGCGUCCGCGCGUAAACAAACUCGACCCUACACCGCAAUGCCGGCACGCCUACGCACAAAUGCAUACAACACGCGCAAAGAAACUUCUCCACCCUAGUGCCUAGGCAGAGUCGGAUAUCCAAAGGAGCAAAGGCCCCCACAUUUUCUUUUUCGCACCCGUUCUUACUCGCGCCUGCGGAGAAACGUCGAGCGCCUCGAGAAAGGUCCCGCCCCGCUGUACCUACUAGUAAUUGUAAAAAUGCUGUCAGGCUGCGCGUUCUCGCUCAUGCCCUGGUUAGAAUGUACCCUGGUCAUAUGGCCGCUUCGGGGUUGCGAGGCAGGUUGCCUCGCUGGCUGUUCUUUCAGUGACAUUCACGCUGCCGCUUCGGGGUUCCGACGCAGGUUGCGUCGCUGGCUGUUCUUUGAUUGAACGCCUUUUUUCGUGCUAGCAUGCCAGGCGUUGCAUGAGGGCAGAGGGCGACGUGUCGCUUUCGCCCUUGUAAGCGCGUGUUAUCCGCGUAUUCCUUGUCCGUGCAAGUUCUUCCCUGCAUUCUAACCAUGCCUCGGUAAGGCCAAAUCAAAACUCGCUCGCUUGCCCGCGAGGUGACAUCCAGGCUGCUGCGCGCCACUUCGGGACUCUGACGCAGGUUGCGUGGCUGGCUGUUCUUUGAUUGACAUCCAUGCUGCUGCACGCCACUUAGGUACUUUGACGCAUGUUGCGUCGCUGGCAGUUCUUUGAUUGACAUCUACGCUGCCGGACGCCGCUUCGGGCUGACGCAAGGUUCAGUGCUGGCAGUUCUUGGAUUGACAUCCACGCUGCCGGACGCCGCUGCGGGACUCUAAUGCAGGUUGCGUCGCUGGCUGUUCUUUGAUUGACAUCCACUCUCUCGCACACCACUUCGGGGCUCUCACGCAGGUUGCGUCGCUGGCUGUUCUUUGACAUCCACGCUGCGGCACGCCGCCUCGGGACUCUGACGCAGGUUGUAUCGGUGGCUGUUCUUUGACUGACACCCACGCUGCCGGUUCGGGACGCCGACGCAGAUUGCUCCGCUGGCUGUUCCUUGAAUUUACAUCCACGCUGCCCCUUCGGGGUUCCGAUGCAGUUUGCGUCGCUGGCUGUUCUUUGAUUGACAUCCACGUUGCCGCUUCGGGACUCUGACACAGGUUGCAUCGCUGGCUGUUCUUUGAUUGACAUCCACGCUGCCGCAUACCACUUCGUGACUCUGACGCAUGUUGCGUCGCUGGCAGUUCUUUGAUUGACAUCCACGCUGCCGGACGCCGCUUCGGGACUCUGACGCAGGUUGCAUUGCUGGCAGUUCUUUGAUUGACAUCCACGCUGCCGGACGCCGCUGCGGGACUCAGACGCGGGUUGCAUUGCUGGCAGUUCUUUGAUUGACAUUCAGUCUCUCGCACACCACUUCGGGGCUCUCACGCAGGGUGCGUCGCUGGCUGUUCUUUGACAUCCACGCUGCGGCACGCCGCCUCGGGACUCUGACGCAGGUUGUAUCGGUGGCUGUUCUUUGACUGACACCCACGCUGCCGGUUCGGGACGCCGACGCAGAUUGCUCCGCUGGCUGUUCCUUGAAUUUACAUCCACGCUGCCCCUUCGGGGUUCCGAUGCAGUUUGCGUCGCUGGCUGUUCUUUGAUUGACAUCCACGUUGCCGCUUCGGGACUCUGACACAGGUUGCAUCGCUGGCUGUUCUUUGAUUGACAUCCACGCUGCCGCAUACCACUUCGUGACUCUGACGCAUGUUGCGUCGCUGGCAGUUCUUUGAUUGACAUCCACGCUGCCGGACGCCGCUUCGGGACUCUGACGCAGGUUGCAUUGCUGGCAGUUCUUUGAUUGACAUCCACGCUGCCGGACGCCGCUGCGGGACUCAGACGCGGGUUGCAUUGCUGGCAGUUCUUUGAUUGACAUUCAGUCUCUCGCACACCACUUCGGGGCUCUCACGCAGGGUGCGUCGCUGGCUGUUCUUUGACAUCCACGCUGCCGCACGCCGCCUCGGGACUCUGACGCAGGUUGCGUCGCUGGCUGUUCUUUGAUUGAACUCCACUUUCUCGCACACCACUUCGGGGCUUUCACGCAGGUUGCGUCGCUGGCUGUUCUUUGACAUCCACGCUGCCGCACGCCGCCUCGGGACUCUGACGCAGGUUGCGUCGCUGGCUGUUCUUUGAUUGAACUCCACUUUCUCGCACACCACUUCGGGGCUUUCACGCAGGUUGCGUCGCUGGCUGUUCUUUGACAUCCACGCUGCCGCACGCCGCCUCGGGACUCUGACGCAGGUUGCGUCGCUGGCUGUUCUUUGAUUGACAUCCACGCUGCCGCGCGCCGCUUCGUGACUCUGACGCAGGUUGCGUCGCUGGCUGUUCUUUGAUUGACAUCCACGCUGCCGCACGCCGCUUUGUGACCCUGACGCAGGUUGCGUUGCUGGAUGUUCUUUGAUUGACAUCCACGCUGCUGCGCGCCGCUUCGGGACUCUGACGCAGGUUGCGCCGCUGGCUGUUCUUUGAUUGAAAUCCACGCUGCCGCACGCCGCUUCGUGACUCUGACGCAGGUUGCGUUGCUGGAUGUUCUUUGAUUGACAUCCACGCUGCCGCACGCCGCUUCGUGACUCUGACGCAGGUUGCGUCGCUGGCUGUUCUUUGAUUGACAUCUACGGGGCUGCACGCCACUUCGUGACUGACGCAGGUUGCGUCGCUGGUUGUUCUUUGUUUGACAUCUAUGCUGCCGGAUGCCGCUUCGGGACUCUGAAGGCACGUUCGCACCGAAGGCGGAGCGGACAAGCGGAUCCGGCCAAGCGGCCAUGGAUUUUCCGCUUUGCGGAAUAUACGCGGCCGCUUGGCCGGAUCGCGCAAGGACUGAUUUUUUCCGCGCGGACAAGUUGGCCGCUUUGGCCGCAGCCAAUCAGAACCCGACACGGCGGAAGCGCUGGUGAACGAAUGUAAACGAAUGUCUUUCUCUGGGUUUUUCGCAUCUGUUCUUGAAAAGCGUCAAAAGGGCAAGUUGGGCCAGUUGGUUGGGAUUUAUAGUAAGGUUUGUUACAGCGCAACACAUGACAAGGACAAAGGAAGGUAUAAAACGACGACACGGCGCCGUGUCGUCGCUUUACACCUUCCUUUGUCCUUGUCUUGUGUUGCGCUGUAACAAAUCUUGAAAAGCGACUAUACAAGUGGCGAGUACAAUGCCAACGAUCUCGUCUUCUUCGUCUGAACUUAUCAUUUUGCAGAAGUAGAUAUCGGGCGGGAGCGCGCCAAGGCACGACGAAAAAAAAUAUCGAGAUGGCGGCACGUCCCUGAAAUUUCAAAGAUAUUGCGAGAUGCCCCGCCAUCCCGGCGGCGCGGACAGCCAGACAACGCGGCUCGUCUGAACAGGCGCGGGCGCUCGCCGCCUCGCCGCUUUGAAAAUGCGCUUGUCCGAUUAGACGCUCCGCUUUCGGUGUGAAUGUGCCUUGACGCAGGUUGCAUUGCUGGCAGUUCUUUCAUUGACAUCCACGCUGUCUGACGCCGCUUCGGGACUCUGACGCAGGUUGCGUCGAUGGCGGUUCUUCGACUGACAUCACGCCGCCACUCGCCGCCGCCUCCGCGCGAGAACCAUUGUGGAACUGCCCUUGACAGAAUCGCUUUAAAGCUAUCUGCGCUUGCACUAUAGGCUGCGCGGCGUAAACCCGUCACUUAUAGACGCACUUGACAGAUGACAGUUUGGGUAUGACAGUGUUUGAUCGUUUCACACGCGGACAUGUGAAAAAACGUCUGUGUGUUUUCAACGCCUGCCUUUUCAAACUUUGAAUCACGAAGUCACCGUUUACGUUGUUCUUCCAUGAAACCGCAGUUGACUUGUAUUUUCCUUUGUACAAUAUUUAAUAAUAAAAGAAGGCAGCACGCGUC